AACGGUAGUAGUACACAUCUUGAAUGCUGCGCAGAAAAUGAAUAAGUGAGGAUGAGAUACUUCCUCCACUUUCAUCCUUUAUUUCUCAUUGUCAGUGUACUUUUUAAGAAGUAGUGCGUGAGAAUAACUUGAGUUCAAGCAUAGGAUUUAAUUGCUAAUUGAUCAUCAAGCUGAGUCUUCUAUCAAACUUCUUAGUCUUUCAUAAUAUUCAGCACAAGUUAGUUUUAAACAUGAAAUAUUUAUCGAUACAACUAAAGAUAAUAACAUAUUAACAUACAAUAAUAUAUUUCACCAUGGAAACUGAAUCAAAGCCAAAAUAUAGCUCAUGUUCCCCAGACAGAGAUGUCACAACCAAUUGUGUUAGAGAUUUAGAUAUUAUUAUAGAUCACAAUGAAAAGACAUCGGAAGAUGACAUUAAUAAUGAACGUGAUAACAGUAAGUCAAUCAAGAACGAUCUAUUUUGUUUCUUCUUUUUAACUUUUUUUUUCUAACAAACGGUUAUUUUAUGACAAUAAUUAUACUCCACCCUGUAUAGACAUUGGUGAAGUGAAGAGGAAUUCUCGUAUAUCUUCGGCUCGCCGGAGGCAGCACUCAGCCUUCGGGAUAAGUUCGUUAGAGUGCCCUGCUGUCUUCUGCUCCAAGACACUCCCGAAGGACGAGGAGGGUCCUUCGGUAUUACCUUCACCUUGCUCUUCAGAGGCUUCCCGCCCCUUCAACUGUCUUCUAAUUUCCAACGUUUCGACGAUCGUUCAAUUUUCACAAUUUACGGAGCCGUUUAACCCCUAUAGAUUAUUGGAAAUACCUCAUAGCGAUACACUCUAUAUGCUUAUUUUCUACCAAUUUACUGAAACUAACUAUUGGUCAAAUCAAUUUCCUAUAUAUUUUUAUUUUCAACUCAGAAAUUCUUUUCUUCCUUGAAACAAA